AUGAUGCUAUCCGACAUUUCUUCAACCAUAUCAUUUGUUACCAAUAGGAAAACCCGGGACUUGAUCAUGGUUCUGAACUCCAAAUGGUUUUUGGACAGACUGGUUAGUAGUUUGGAAGAGAAGAAACAUCAUGAGUCCAAGCUAAAAGAAGGACUGAAAGACUUGGCUAUUAAACGCUUGGAGCUUCACAAUUCUUUGUCCUCUUUAUGGCCAAAGCAGGAAUCAGCUCUUGCCAAAACGAGCGAGUUGAAGAAGCUUUGUGAGGGCACACUGUCCUCCAUGUUUGAUGGGAGACCCGUUAAUAUAAUCGGAGGGAUCAAUGCUUUGCUCAGCAGCGGCGUUGGGGCAUAG